AUGAUCUUGUCUGGUAGGUGGCAGCGUAGUUGGGGAGUUGCUCACCGGUGCAGCCAGUUGCAGAGUCUGAGCCGACUGUCUCAGCAGAACCCUGACGCUCUCAUCAACCUGCAAGGACACACGGUCGUGUUUGCUGACCAAUCAGGGAUGGAUGCCUCUGGACAUGUCAUGUUGGGAACCAUGGACGUUCAUCACCAGUGGACCAAGCUGUUCGAGCAGCUGCCCAGCUAUCGCGCCCUGCAGCAGCAGACAGACUGGCUGAAGGAGCGGAUCAGCCUCCUCCUGGGGGGGGCUCAGGUGGUCCAUAAAGAGCGUCUGGGCCCGGUCCAGCCCAUUGCGGAGCACUACAGCACACUGAACACCUUCCACAAGAGCCUGCUGACGGGACGGCUCCGGCUGCACCCCCGGAGCCUGCAGGGUCUGACCAUGCUGCUGGAGAACGACCGGUCCAACCCCAGUCUACAUGAGAUGGGACACUUCCUCAUCCCCACCAACUGUGACCCCCCCAAGCUGCAGGUUUAUCUCCAGAGCCAUGCACCCGAGGCUCGACAACGCACACAACGCAGGAAACAGCUUCAGGUGGAGGAGGAGUCGCUGCUGAAGAAGUGCGUCCACACGCUGUCUCUGAGGAGUUUGUCCAAAGAGCCCAGCAUCUCGUCAGCUCAGAUGAUCUCCUGCUGUCAGCGGCUCCUGGAGCAGCCCUCCCCCCUCCUGCAGGGCCUCCACCUCUGCGUGUCUCACUUCUUCUCCGUCAUGCAGGAUGGGGACCUAUGUGUGCCCUGGGACUGGAAGAGCUGAGGACCACUCGGACUUGUCGUCUCUUAACCUUUUUAGAAGUUUCACCGGAUCACAUGUAGAAGUCAGAGGAUGGUAGGGUUCAUUUCCAUUGACUGAGGAGGAAACAGUCAUGUCUCCAAGGUUCAUGAAAGCUUUAUCGAGAUGCUGGAACAGACAGACGGAGCUCUAAGGGUCCCGAUCUGUGGUCAGGGACCCCUCAGAACUCACAUUCGUGAAGAUGGUAUUUCCUCACACACACUAGAGCUCUUCAGUGGUCCUAAAGGUCAUUUUUAAGGUCAGACGUGACAGCACAGGCCAGGAGGAUUUACUUAGUCCCUGUUCAGAGCUGUUUCAGACGGGGUUCAUGGUGGCUGUGUAAAGGUCCAGACUGCCGGUGUGAGAACCUAAACCAGAGGUCAGGAACUGCAGGGGGACAGCUUUUUUCAGUGAAGACGCUGUAGGGGUUGAACUUUCAAAUAAGCUAAAUUUAAAUAAAUAUUUUGGUCUA